AUGACCGCCCACUCUGGUAGAAGUCGCACCUCCAACUAUCUCAAAGAGCCAAAAACCCACAUCCCAAGCUCCACAAUGUCUGACACUGCAGCCUACUCUAUCGCGACGCACGUCGCCGUCCCGCAGAAGGCGCCCUACGGCGUUGAUGUGGAGGAAGGGAAGACCUACUACUGGUGCACAUGUGGUCUGAGCAAAAAUCAACCUUUCUGCGACGGGAGUCACCAGACUUACAACGCGGAACACAAGACGACACUGAAGCCCAUGGCGUUUACCGCGAAGAAGACAGAGAAGGCAUAUCUUUGCGGCUGCAAGCAGACAAAGAAUCCGCCAUUUUGCGAUGGGUCGCAUACAAAGCUGUGA